AUGUCACUUGACGAAGUGACGCGCCGCUGGCUGCAGCGCCUCGUGUCGCGGUCACUCGACGUCGAUCCGUCGACGUUCGACCAGCUCCUGACAGAAACCAAAUCCGUGGACAGCAUAGAAGAACCUUCGGCUUCGGAGCUGGUGCAGUCAUUCUUCUCCUCAAAGUCUGAAGCUGGCAGCGUUCUCUUCUUCUACAAGGGAGAAGAACAAUAUGAGCUCGAAGAGGACGUGGAAGAAGAGAUUGAGGUGACGAGAGCAGCCUCCCCGACAGACCCGCCAAGCGGUGGCGUAUCGCCAGCAGAGCCGACGGACGAGCAGUUGUUUCUUGAUGCGGAGGCUCCUCCACCACAGACGGAGACGGUGAAGAGAAUUGUGAAGCGAACUCGAACAGCAACACGCUCAGUUUGCCACGUGUUUUUGAAUUCUCUUCCUGCAGAGUCUUCGGAGUCCGCCACAGUGUUCCUGGUCAAAGUGGCUGCUGGGCCAAUUACAGUCCAGAACACUGUGGUCGAUGGACACGAGAAAGCAGUGUACUUGAACGUAGAGCUUGGCUGCUCGACGGGCGACUUGCUGUCGAACCUGGAGGGAAUCAUCUGUCACGUGUUCAUGCCGCUGCUGGAUCCUCAGCUUACGAGACCAGAUCAUUCUAACGGACGACCAGAAGACGACGAACAUGCAGCAAAGAACUCGUCUGCUGCACACCAGGCGCUCAAGGUCAUCGACGCUGUGCGCAACGAGUUCAAGAGCAACUUAGUCAAGUUCUCGUCGCAGAUUUCCAACGCAAUUCAGCAGAUCCAGGGCGAUAUUCACUUGAACAUUCCCGACGUCGUUAUCACGAAGCCAGAGUCUCAUUUGGAUGACUACGAACUCAUCAACAGACUGGAACAGGCACUCGAGGAAUGGUCCAAGAGCGUAGCCAGUGUCGUAGAACAGGAGAGUCGCAAGACCCCCAAACGCAAGGGCCCUCUCGCUGAGAUCGAGUUCUGGCGCGAACGUAACGCUACACUCAGCACCAUCUUCGAGCAGAUCAACAUGCCGACAGUCCAGAAGAUGCUCAAGCUGCUGGAGCUGGUAGAAGCGAGCAUGCUUCUCACGUUUAAAUACCACUUCUCGGAGCUCAGUAAGCUCUACGUGGAGGCCAAGGACAACGUCAAGUUCCUCACGACGUUGGAGCGUCACUUCAAGAACAUCGCGAGUGGCUCCUUCUCGGCGAUAGCGGACACGCUGCCGUCCAUGAUGAACGCUAUCCGUAUGGUUUGGAUUAUAUCGCGGCACUAUAAUACGGAUGAGCGGAUGGUGCCUUUGAUGGAGCGUAUUGCAUCGGAGAUUGUGGAUAAGGUGGCGGUGGAGAUCAAUAUCCACAUGAUCUUACGGAAGAGUCCAGAGAACGCGCUACAUGCGAUCGAAGAGGCCAAAAUGGUGCUUGAACUCUGGCACUCGACGUACAUGAAAGUCCGUGAACGCAUUGAAGCCAGCGGCACCGACCACCGCUGGGAGUUCGACCGUAAGCGUCUGUUUGAGCAAACCAACUACAUGGCCAAGAUCUGCGAGAAUUUACAGGAGGUGGCUACAGUUUUGGACCAGUUCAACAAGUUUUUAGGCCCCGAACUCAAGUCCGUGACGGGCGAUUCCCAAGGGAUCGAUGAAGUUAUGGCUCGUGUUGAAAGUCUCAUUGCGCCGUUCGAGAGCGUCCCAUUUAAGAUCUUUGACCGCGGCUACAAGACGAGCUGGGAGUCGGUCAUGGUGCAGUUUCGCGAUAAAGUGAGCGAGAUUGAGCACAUGACGCGGAAGUUCAUUGACACGUCCUUCCAGAAGCUUCGCUCGGCCGAAGGAGCGUUCGAUCUGCUGCAGAACUUCCAGAACAUUCAGUCGCGCGACUCCAUCAACAAGCAGAUGAUGGAAAAGUACAAGGAUAUCCUCAUGCAAUACACGAAAGAGCUGGAGAAGCUGGAGGAACAAUUCCAUCGCUACAAGCACCGUCCACCCGUCUACAAGAACCACCCUCCUGUUGCAGGGGCGAUCAGCUGGUCCCGUGCACUUUACCUGCGGGCUAAGAAGCCUAUUCUACGCUUCCGAGCCAUGAACGACUUGCUCAAGAGUCCGCACGGAGAAGAAGUGAAGGAGAAGUAUCUGGUAUUCGCUCGCGCAGUGGACGCCUACAUCAAACAGCUUCACAAAGACUGGAGAGACAAGGUACCUGCGCUCACGAACGAGUGUCUAAAGCAGUCGAUUCUGGGCCCCAAGUUGCUGGAAGCAGGCAAAGCGGAGACCGGCGUCAUGUUGUACAAGCUGCCGCAGCCGCCAUUCUACGCGAACUUUUCGCCAGAGUUGGCGAUGAUCAUCAAGGAGUCGAAAUACCUUGAUCGCCUUGGCUUUGAGAUCCCAGAAGAGGCGCUGAAUGUGACGCUACAAGAGGACAAGUACCACCAGUACGUGCAGGAUCUAACGCUGAUGCUUCGACGCUACGACUCGCUUCUUUCGGGCCUGACACCAGUGGAGACGCAUCUCUUACGCUCCCAACUCAAAACGCUGGAAGAUGUUCUACGCGUGGGGUUUUCUCCUCUCAACUGGAACUCGCAGCGUGUGUUGAGCUUCAUUGAGAACUGCAACAAAUCCCUCAACCAGUUCGCAAACCUGGUGAGCCAGAUCCAUAAAAGCAGCAAAAUGGUGGAAGAGAUCGUGAUGGACAUCGAGAACACGCUUCUCAUCAAGAUCGAAGACUUCGCGGAAGGCGUCGUGACGGAGGUGGGCGAGUUCUACGAGCUCGUUACACGCAACCGCAUGCAGCGUAUCGAGGAGCUCGUGCAGAGCUACCGCUCCAUCGGCCCUCUGCUGAUCAAAGUGGAAGAAAUCGUGGCUGGAGUGAACACUGGCACCAGUCCAAAGAUGUCGACGUACUACAUGUACUGGGAGCGACGGAUCUUCAACGCGAUCACCAAGAUGAUUAUUGCCUCCAUGACGACAUUCCAAGCUCUGCUGAACGUCCAUACCAAAGACAUUAGCAGCGCGAUCUCGAUCAUGGGGCAAGGAGAAGGAGGAAAGCUCAAACGGCCUCCUCUGUGUAAGGUGAAAGCCACCAUGAACGGCAAGGACAUCAUCGUUACGCCGUCGCUCUCGGACAUGUACAAGUAUCUGAGCAAGUCGGUGAAGCAUAUCGUCGAGAGCGCCAAGGCCUUUAUCCGUUGGAUGCAUGGAACCUGUCGAGAGACGGCGCCGCUCGUGGUGAACGAGGACGAAGAGCCCAUCACGUUUACGUUCUACUCGGAUAUCUCGCAGAACCCGUACGUCAUCAAGAUGACGCUGUCCCUGAACCAAGAGAUCCACAAGGUCUUCAACAUCGUGAACCGGUAUCUGGAUAGUUGGCGGCGAUACGAUACGGUCUACAAUCUCUGGAACACCAAGCGUCGUAGUGCACUCGAGAAACUGGCAGACAAGAAGCCUCCGUGUGUGUAUUUCGACACGCGAAUGGCUCAGUACACGCGACUGGCCGAGUCUGUACGCAACCAGCCUACAGAGAAGGACACUGAUUUCUUACAGAUUAACUGUCUGCCACUCGCCGUUUCUAUCGCUAAGCAGGCCGAGAUGUGGAAGGACGACUACGGGAAGAUCCUGCUCGAAGUGUCGAACAAAAAGCUGGUGGCCAUCAGCAAUAGUAUGGAUCAACUGGAGGCCGAGCUGGAGGCAUCGCCAGAAGAUCUCGAGUCACUGAAGAAGGUGCUGAAUACUGUCGCGAGUAUCAGCGACAUGGGGAUGGAGAUGGAGCUGGAAUACGCCGACAUCAUCGAGAGAUACCGCACGCUUCAGACGUUUAACAUCGCAGGGGAUCCGGCCGAGUUUAAGAAGGCAUUCUCGCUGGAGCAGCGCUGGAAAGACCUUUACAUCGCGUCGAAGACGAAAGAUUUGCGCUUAGUGAAAGUCAAAGAUCAAUUUCGAGGCGUGACGAAGCAGGACGCUGUGAACUUUGCUGAGGAGUGUAAGGAGAUGAAGAAGGAGUUCAUGGAACGCGGACCAGGGACGUGCUCGCUUGACCUUGACGCAGGCCUGGAGACCGUAUCGGCGUUUAAGAAGAAGCUCGCUGUGUUCAAAGCGCGACGUCAGGAGCUGGCGAACGCGGAGAAGCUGUUUGCGCUGCCUAUCACUUCGUAUCCAGAGCUACAGCAGAUCACGGAAGCGUUGGAGAAGCAGGAGGUUCUCUACGAUUUGUAUACCGAGCAGAAGGAGUUCAUCAGCAACUUCUCGAGUAUGCUGUGGGCAGAGCUGGACGUGACAGCCAUGAAUAAAGGCGUGGAGGAGCUGGAGAAACGCUGUCGUAAGAUCCCCAAGGAUCUGAAAGCCAUGUCUACUUUCGUGGAGGUGGAGAAGCAGAUAUUGUCCUUUAAGGAAAGUAUUCCGCUCAUCCAGAGUCUCAAGAACGAAGCUGUAAAGCCGCGUCAUUGGGAGGAACUCAUGGCGGUCACGCAGGUGCGUUUCGACAUGAACUUGAAGACUUUCACCCUUGGAAACCUCUUUGCGAUGAAGCUGCAUCGCUUCUCGAACGAGAUCGGAGAGAUCGUGAAUGCUGCGAUGCAAGAACAGAAGAUCGAGCAGGAGAUUAUCAAGAUCGAAGACUCGUGGUCCAAGGCCGUGCUGGAGCUCGUCAAGUACAAGAAGAACGGCACGGAUCGCGGCUGGGUGCUUCGUGCUGCUGACGAGCUCAAGAUCACGCUCGAAGACCACAUGCUGAACCUCCAGACAAUGUCUGGCUCACGCUUCAUCGCGAGCUUUGCGGAGCGCGUGCGCAAGUGGGAGAAGCGUCUUGGAGUCGUGAACGAGUGCUUGGACAUCUGGUUCGUCGUGCAGCGCAAGUGGAUGUAUCUCGAGAGUAUCUUCGUUGGUGCCGAGGAUAUUCGACAGCAGCUGCCAGAGGAGGCGAAGAAGUUCGACGCUAUCGACAAAGCCUGGAAGACUAUCAUGGGCGCCACGUACAAGAACGCCAACGCAGUGGAAGCCUGUACGGCGGAGAACCGCGUGGAAACGCUACAGUCUCUUUCUGAGCGACUAGACAAGUGCCAGAAAUCUCUGAGCGACUAUCUCGACACGAAGCGCAAUUCCUUCCCACGUUUUUUCUUCAUCUCGGACGAUGAGCUUCUCAGUGUUUUAGGCUCUUCGGAUCCCACGUCGAUCCAAGCUCACAUGCUCAAGCUCUUUGACAACGUUAAGCAAUUGGGCUUUGUGCGGAACAACAAGAACGUCGGAGCGAUGGAGAGCGCAGAGGGAGAAGGGUUCCAGUUCCGUACGUUGUCGGCCGUUGAAGGCCCCGUGGAGUCGUGGAUGACUGGAGUUGAGGACGAGAUGCGAGUCACACUGCAGCGCAUUGCGAAGGAAGGGGUGUUUCAAUACGCCAACAUGGAUCGAACCAAGUGGCUUGAAGAGGUUCUGGGCAUGGUGUCGCUGGUUGGCAGUCAGAUUUGGUGGACGUGGGAGGUCGAGGACGUCUUCCAUCGCGUCAAAAGUGGUGACAAAUACGCUAUGAAAGGACUGGAAGGACGACUAACAGAACAGCUCAACAGCCUUGUGAGACGUGUGCGUGAACCGCUGGACAAACUCACUCGAAAGAAAGUCAACACGUUGCUGAUCAUCGACGUGCACGCUCGAGAUAUCGUGGACUCGUUCGUCCGCGACAGUAUUCUUAACGAGAAGGAGUUCGCGUGGGAGUCUCAGCUACGAUUCUACUGGCGAAAAGAUGUGGACGACGUGGUCAUCAGUCAGUGCACAGGCAACUUCCGCUAUGGCUACGAGUACAUGGGACUCAAUGGACGACUUGUGAUCACUCCUCUAACGGAUCGCUGCUACAUGACACUCACUCAAGCUUUAACCUUUAAGCUCGGAGGCUCACCUGCUGGUCCAGCCGGUACCGGAAAGACUGAGACAGUGAAAGAUCUGGCCAAGUCGCUGGCGUUACCGUGUUAUGUCAUCAACUGUGGCGAAGGUCUGGACUACAAGGCGAUGGGCAGUAUCUUCUCGGGUCUCGUUCAAGUGGGAGCUUGGGGCUGCUUCGACGAGUUCAACCGAAUCAACAUCGAAGUGCUGUCUGUGGUCUCCGCCCAACUCCGAGCGAUCCAGAACGCUCUCAACUACGACAAACCCACCGUCGAUAUCGGCUUUGGCACAGAGAUUGCUAUCCAUCGCACGGCAGGGUUCGCCACGUGUGGCUUCUUCAUCACGAUGAAUCCUGGUUACGCUGGACGAACCGAACUUCCCGACAACCUCAAGGCUCUCUUCCGCCCUGUGACUAUGAUCGUCCCGGACUUGUUGCAGAUUUGCCAGAUCAUGCUCUUCUCGGAAGGUUUUGAGCAUGCCGUGUCUCUCGCCAAGAAGAUGACGGUGCUGUAUAAACUCUCGCGCGAACAGCUCUCCAAGCAAUACCACUACGACUUCGGGUUACGAGCGCUGAAGAGCGUGCUGGUGAUGGCAGGGUCGCUGAAAAGAGAGUACAGCGACAUGAACGAAGACCUGGUGCUCAUGCGUGCACUACGAGACAGCAACAUGCCCAAGUUUGUCUUCGAAGAUGUGCCUCUUUUCCACGGCCUUAUCAACGAUCUCUUCCCUGGUUUGGACUGCCCUCGCGUGGGGUACGCAGCGUUGAAAGACGCUAUCGAAGCAGAACUCAUCGCUGGCGAGUACAACACGACUAAUGCUACAGUGUACAACGAGCAGAUCGAUAAGAUCAUUCAGAUGUACGAGACUAUGCUGGUGCGUCACACGACGAUGAUUGUUGGCCCUACAGGGGGAGGCAAGACGUUGGUCCUGAACACGCUGGCAGCUGCGUCCAAGACCGCGCUAGACGAACAAGUUAAGAUCUUUGUGCUCAACCCGAAAGCCCAGCCGAUCGCAGAGCUGUACGGCACGAUGGACCCGGUCACGCGCGACUGGACGGAUGGAGUGCUCUCGAAGCUCUUCCGUGAACUCAACCAGCCUCUCCCCGCUGGAAAGGAGAAUGAAAAGCGCUGGCUUAUCUACGACGGAGACGUGGACGCCGUCUGGGUGGAGAAUAUGAACAGCGUCAUGGACGACAACAAGCUGCUCACGCUGCCCAAUGGUGAGCGGAUCCGGCUUCAAACGCACUGCAGUAUGAUCUGCGAGACGUUUGAUCUGCAAUACGCGUCGCCUGCUACGAUUAGUCGCUGUGGUAUGGUCUGGGUUGACCCGAAGAAUCUCGGCUAUCGUCCGUACUACGAACGCUGGCUGAAGAAAAAGUACCCGAUGGUAGCAGUCACUGCAUCUUCAGACACACCGCCAAGUGUCAUGUCUCCACCUCCUGGGAGUCUUGUGAUCCCACUGGAGCGUACUCUACUGCUCGAGCUGUUCGACAAAUACGUGCCCAAGUGCAUCGACUUCAUCCUUGAAGGAGUCUUCGGCAAAGACGAGAUCGUCGCGAAGUGCCAGCAAGUGAUCCCGAUCAGCAACAUGGAAAUGUGCAAACAGCUCUGCAUCUCGCUGGACGCUUUCUUGCCGAGUGAUGGCUCGUUAGACCCGACUACGGAUCGUGCGAGUGUCGAAGGAAUCUUCUUGUUCAGUGUCGUGUGGUCUCUAGGAGCUGCUCUGCUUGGUAGCAGUCGUUCCCGGUUUAACGAGUUCAUCCGGAAGAUAGCAGACUGCCCGCUACCUGCAACGAGUCUCUACUACAAUUUCUUCGACUUGGAGACGCGCAAGUGGCAGCCGUGGGAAUCCCGAGUCGUGCCGUAUACUGAACCAGCGCCGUUCAACUUCUCUCGAGUGUUUGUCCCGACUACCGACUCGGUUCUGUACAGCUUUAUCCUCGCCAGCUGCAUGCGAACAGAGAAUCCCAUCUUGCUCGUAGGAGAGAGCGGAACAGCGAAGACGGUGACGAUCCAGAGUUAUUUGGCGAGUCUAGAUCAACAGACAUGUUCCACACUGAGUAUCAACUUCUCCAGCCGUACAAGCAGUCUGGACGUGCAGACGAACGUCCAAGCGAACGUUGACAAGCGAUCGGGCAAGAUCUACGGUCCCCCGGCAGGCAAAAAGCUGCUAAUCUUCAUUGACGACCUGAACAUGCCCAAGGUCGAUUUGUACGGAACACAGCAGCCAAUUGCCCUGCUGCACUUCAUCAUGAAUCGUGGUAGUAUGUACGACCGUGGGAAGGAGCUGGAUCUGCGAAUUCUCAAAGACUUGCUCUUCAUCGGCGCUAUGGGCCCUCCUGGAGGCGGUCGGAACCAAGUGGAUCCACGAUUUGUGGCCCAGUUCAACGUAUACAACCUCACGCCCCCUACGAAAGAAGUGCUGAAGCACAUUUACGGCUCGAUCGUGACCACAUAUCUUCGUAACUUCAGCGACGAGAUCCAAGCGAAGGGGGUCAAGUUAACCGACGCACUUCUGCGGUUCUUUGAGUUCACACUUGAGAAGCUCCCGCCCACUCCGUCCAAGUUCCACUACAUCUUUAAUCUACGCGACCUCGGACGUGUCUGCGAAGGUAUCUGCAUGGCCACGACCGAUAAAUUCGAUACCUCGGGCAAGAUUGUGCGUCUGUGGCGCAACGAAGUGAAGCGCAUUUUCUGUGACCGACUGACCAGCGAGUCCGACAACGCGCUAGUGGAUGGUGCCAUCACACAGAUCCUGCGUGAGACGUUCCCGGAGGAAGCAGAAGCGGCUUCUGUUGACCCGCUCAUCUUCGGUGACUAUGCGGACUGCAUCGGACGCAUCACCGGCCAGGCAGCAACGGAAGACGCUCGAUUGUACCAAGAUAUGGAGUCGUAUCGACGUAUUCGCGGCAUCUUCGACGAAGCUCUAGAGACGUACAACUUGGACAACAAGCCGAUGACUUUGGUGCUGUUUGAAAUGGCGUUAGAGCAUCUGUCGAGGAUUCUGCGUAUCAUCCGGAAUCCUCUGGGCCACGCUCUUCUUAUCGGUGUUGGCGGCAGUGGCAAGCAGAGUCUGUCGCGACUAGCUGCGUUCACAGCAGGCUACGACCUGUUUGAGAUCUUCUUGACUCGAGGAUACGGCGAAGCUGAGUUCCGGGAGAACCUGAAGGAGCUGUACCGUAUGCUGGGCAAGAAGCCUGUCGUCUUCCUCUUCACAGACGCACACGCGGUCGAGGAAGGAUUCCUAGAAUUCAUCAACAAUAUGCUGACAACGGGGGUUGUGCCCGCUUUAUUCGAGACCGACGAGCGCGACGCUCUUGCCAGUUCGGUGCGUGACCAAGUGAAAGCUGCGGGACUCGUCGAGACGAGCGAGAACUGCUGGCGGUUCUACGUUAGUUUGUGUCGUCAGAACCUCCACGUGAUCUUGGCCAUGUCUCCGUCAGGCAGUACGCUGAGAACCCGAUGCCGUAACUUUCCGGGUUUAGUGUCGGCCACUGUCAUCGACUGGUUCUUCGCCUGGCCCGAAGAUGCUUUACGUAAUGUGGCGCAGUAUUUCCUGGCAGAGGAGGCCAUCCCAGAGGAAUCCCGUGAACAAGUGACAAACCACCUGGUGCACGCACAUUUGCGGGUUGUUCGUGUUGCCCACCAGUUCGGAGAAGAAUUGCGUCGACAUUACUACGUGACACCGAAGAACUACCUCGACUUCAUCUCGAACUACCGCUUGCAACUGAAGGAGAACAAGAUGAAGGUCACGGCCAGUAUCGCGCGGCUCAAAGGAGGACUGACCAAGCUGGUCGAAGCUGCUCAAGCCGUUGAUGUGAUGCAGAUCGAGCUGUCCGAGAAGAAAGUGAUUGUGGAUGAGAAGACGUUGGCGUGUGAAGCGUUGAUCAAGACAAUCGAGGAGAAGUCGGCAGUGGCGUCCAAGCAGCAGGAAGUGGCUGCAGCGACUCAGAUCGAAUGCGAGAAGGCGUCCGUUCUCAUUGCUCGUGAGAAGGAAGAGGCCGAUGCUGCGUUGUUGGAGGCUCUUCCGGCUGUAGAAGCCGCCGCAGCAGCGUUGCAAGAUCUCUCUAAGGCGGAUCUUACAGAGUUGAAGUCCUUCGCGUCUCCUCCUCCGCUUGUGAUGUCCGUGUGCAUGUGCGUCUUGAUCCUAAAGCCAACCGGGCAAGAGCUAGAUCUGGACUGGAAAGGGGCCAAAGUGAUGCUGAGCAACGCCAACUUGAUCACGUUACUGAAGGAGUAUGAGAAGGACAAGAUCUCGUCGAAAAUGAUCACGAAAAUCAAGACUUUCUUCAAGAAUCCGGAUCUGAAUAUCGAAAACAUGAAGUCCAUCUCCAGGGCUGGUGCUGGGCUGCUGGUGUGGGUCGUGGCUAUUGUGAAGUACCACGACGUGGCCAAGAACGUCGAGCCUCUGCGACAGAAGGUCAAGACGAUGGAGAAGGAGCAGACGAUCAAGGAACAGGAACUAGCGGAUCUCAAGGCGACACUUGCUCGUCUGAAGACGGAGCUUGACAGUCUGUCCACACAGUUCCAGGGGGCAAACUCCGAGCUGCAAGGACUCAAGGCGCAGGCAGAUCAGAUGCAGAAACGACUACACGCUGCCAGUAAGCUGCUAGCUGGCUUGGGCUCCGAACGCACGCGAUGGACUAAAGAUGUGGACUCCCUCAACCUCCAAAGCGAUCGACUAGUGGGCGAUUGUCUUCUCACUGCGAGUUUCUUGAGCUACGCCGGUGCGUUCAGCUUCGACUACCGGUCCGAUCUCAUCUACCGCGACUUCUUCCAAGACAUCGAGUCGCGCAAGUUGCCAGUAACGUCUCCGUUCCGUCUUGAGAGCUCACUUACGGACGACGCUACCAUCCAAAAGUGGGUCUCCGAGGGGUUACCAGCUGACGAACACUCGGUUCAGAAUGGCAUCCUGACUACGAAAGCCAGCCGCUUCCCGCUGUGUAUCGAUCCUCAGCAACAAGCUGUGAAUUGGAUCAAGAAGAAAGAAGAAAAGAAUAGUUUGACCGUCAAGACGCUGAGUGAUCCAGACUUUAUGAAGCACUUGGAGUUGGCUAUCCAAUUCGGCAACCCGUUCCUGUUCGAAAGCGUGGACGAAGAACUAGACCCCAUACUGGACCCUGUGUUGGAGAAAAGUACGUUCAUGGAGGGAUCGCAAAGACUCAUCAAGCUUGGCGAUAAGAACGUCGAAUGGGAUGCGAACUUUCGACUGUACUUCACGUCGAAGCUUGCAAACCCUCACUACUCGCCUGAAGUCAUGGGCAAGACUAUGAUCGUGAACUACAGUGUGACGCAGGACGGUCUCGCUAACCAGUUACUGAACGUCGUUGUGGCGCACGAACGUCCGGAUUUGGAGGAACAGUACAGAGAUCUGGUCACCGAGAUGUCGGAAAGCACACAGCUCAUUGUGGAGCUUGAGGAUACGCUGCUACGCGAGUUAUCCAGUAGCUCGGGUAAUAUUCUGGACAAUGAGGAGCUCAUUGCCACGCUGGAUGAAACCAAGAACAAGGCCACGGAGAUUAGUGCGAAGCUGGAGUUAGCGAGCUUCACGAAGGACGAGAUCACAAAAGCUCGGGAGGUGUACACGCCUGUGGCUCUACGUGGGUCCAUCAUGUACUUCGCUAUGGCAGCCUUAGCAACGAUCAUGAAGAUGUACGAGAUCUCGCUGGCGAGUUUCCUCACCGUCUUCCAUACUGCACUCGAGACAGCCAAACGAGAUGUCGUUCUGGAGAAGCGCCUACGAUUCAUGGUGCAGUCGAUCACCGAGAUGAUGUACGACUACACGUGCACAGGCAUCUUCGAGCGACACAAACUCAUGUUCUCAUUCCAGAUGACGUGUAUGAUUAUGAGUGCCUCGGGCGAUCUCCACCGCGCUGAGCUUGAUUUCUUCCUAAAGGGAGACACGUCUCUGGAUGCCGCUUCUCAGCCGAAACCGGAGGCCAUUACGUGGGUAUCUGGCGCCGGAUGGAAGGACUUGUUGUGUCUAAGCAAGUUGGGCGAAGAAGGUGGUGUAUUCGCCUCCUUGAUGUCAGAUUUUAAGACGCAGACAGGCGAGUGGAAAGCUUGGUACGACCUGGAAGCCCCUGAGCUCGCAGAUCUCCCGUGUGGGUACUCCGACAAACUAUCUAGUCUCCAAAAGCUGUUGGUCUUUAGAUGCUUCCGACAGGAUCGCGUGUAUAACGCUAUGAAGCUGUUCGUGAUGGCCAUGAUGAGCGAGAAGUUCGUGCAGCCUCCAGUCUUGGACUACGCGCGGGUUUACAGUCAGAGUGCAGCCUCAUCGCCUAUCGUGUGUAUCUUGAGUCCAGGAGCUGAUCCUCAGAGCGACAUUCAGACUUUGGGAGACGAAUACGGCUUCUCUGGGCAUCGAUUCAAGUUCUUAGCGCUGGGUCAAGGCCAAGGACCGUUAGCUGAGCAAAUGUUGGAAGCCGGCGCUUCCCGUGGCCACUGGGUGUUGCUACAAAACUGCCACUUGCUAGCGAGCUGGCUACGAACGUUAGAGAAGAUGCUGCUGGCUAUGACAAAGCCUCACAAAGAUUUCCGCUUGUGGCUCACGACGGAGCCUACGGAUCGAUUCCCGCUUGGGAUCCUGCAACGAUCGUUAAAAGUGGUGACGGAACCACCUGAUGGACUCAAGCAGAACAUGCGGAGUUUGUACUCGAAACUGGACCAAACGAUGCUGGACGAGUGUCCUCAUCCAGCCUUCCGCUCGGUUGUGUACGUGCUGUGUUUCCUGCAUGCGGUGGUGCUGGAAAGACGUAAAUACGGCAAGAUCGGCUGGAACGUUAGCUACGACUUCAACGAGUCGGACUUUACCAUCUCGAGGAAGUUACUGAGUCUCUAUCUCUACAAGGCAUACGAAGACCAGGACGAACAGUUACCGUGGGGCUCCCUCAAAUACCUUAUCGGUGACGCGAUGUACGGAGGUCGAGUCAGUGAUGACUACGAUCGACGUAUCCUCACAACGUACCUAUCCGAGUACAUGGGCGACUUCCUGUUCGACGAUUGCCAGCGAUUCUACUUCAGUCGAUCAGGGUUCGACUAUGUGCUUCCUGGCGCACUGGAUGGCAACUCCAACACAUUGUCACUGCAGCUUGAAGCCUACGUCUCUACGGUCGAGACGUUGCCGCUAACCAACAGUCCUGCAGUCUUUGGUCUGCAUCCCAAUGCCGAGAUUGGGUACUACACCAACAUGUCAAAAAGCGUAUGGAAGGAUUUGAUCUCGCUGCAGCCUCGGUCGGCUCAAUCCGGCGCUGGUGUCUCGCGUGAAGAUCACAUUGGCAACGUGGCUAGCGACAUUCAGUCAAAAGUACCAGAGCCCGUCGACGUGGACCAGAUUCGAAAGAAAUUGGGACUGACACCUACACCAACUCAAGUUGUGCUUCUCCAAGAACUCGACCGCUGGAAUUUACUCACAGCUCGUAUGCGCGUGUCUCUCGGAGAUCUCCAGAAGGCUCUUGUGGGUGAAAUCGGUAUGAGUGAUGAGCUGGAUGCCGUGGGUAAUGCUCUGUAUGAUGGCUUCCUCCCGAACCUCUGGAGGUCAUUGUGUCCGAAGACAGAGAAGCCACUUGGGAGUUGGAUGGAGCACUUCACGAAGCGCUACAAGCAGUACAUGGAUUGGGUGGCACACGGGGAUCCGCGGGUCGUGUGGCUGUCAGGACUGGGUAUCCCGGAGUCAUAUCUCACAGCUCUGGUGCAAGCUACUUGCCGAGCCAAGAACUGGCCACUGGACAAGUCGACGCUGUACACUCGAGUGACGAGUUACUCAAACGACUCGCAACUGCCAGCGCUAGACGGCAUGAAAGACGACGCCGGGUGCUACGUCCAGGGCCUUUUCCUCGAAGGCGCGUCCUGGGAUCUCGAGCGUGGAUGUCUCGCACCACAAAAGCCCAAGCAACUCGUGGAAGAGCUGCCUAUUCUCCAGGUCAUCCCCAUUGAGGCCAGUCGACUCAAGCUUCAGAACACCUUCCGGACGCCAGUGUAUGUCACGCAAUCGCGACGGAAUGCCAUGGGUGUCGGUCUCGUGUUCGAAGCAGAUCUCUACUCGACAGAGCAUGCCUCUCACUGGGUACUGCAAGGCGUCGCACUUGCACUCAACACAGACUACUAA